AUGACGGACGCUGUGUCGCCUCCGUCGUUCGUGGUGGAGGCGGCUCCCCAUCACGUGUGCACGUCUAUCGCGCUCACAUCCCCCGUGUCCUCUGCGUCGCCCGAGUCGUUGUCCCGUCCGAGCCAAACGCCGUCCAGGCUGCACAAGUUGCGGCGGCCCAGCGACGCCGACGCCGACCGCGUGCUCAAGUUCUCCCAUCGCUCGGACAGCGGCAGGAGCGAGGACCUCAGACAGCCCAAACCAGACCAAGCCAAGAGCCCCCUGACGCUCCGUGGGCGCAAAAAGAAGAGCACACCUGCAGGGCAGGUGGUGCGCAUCGCUUCCGUCACAACGCGGGGAUCGAAGAUAGGCGGGAAGGAGGACGAGCGCUCGGCGCCCAAGGCCGUGGCGCCAGGCGCGCAGAAGACAGUGACCUCGCUCUUUCUCGGCGGCUCCUCCGACCCUCCCAAGCAGAAACAGGAUGCCGCCCCUGGCGGCGGCGGCGGGGGUGCGCCAAUCCGAACCACAAUGUUCGGGGGCAGCGGCGCUGCGACGUACAACCACGGCGGCCACCACGGAUCGGACGCCAUCCACACAGUUCUAAACCAGGACCGAGCCAACCAGCGCGUGUCGAGGAUCUACCCCCUCACGGACUCGGUGUACGUGGCCCAGACCAAGAAAACCCCCGUGGAAGUCAAGUUCCACCCCGUGACCAGCACAUUCGUGAACGAGCCGCGACUAGAGAAGCUCUACCAGGUAACCUUUGCGCGCGAGAACUCGGCCCGGUCGUCCCGAAUCGCGUUGAUUUUCUUCCUCAUGUACCUCUUGUUCACGGGCUCCAACCUCACCAAUCUGCUCUCGAAAGACGCCAGCGUGCGCUCGCGAAGCUUGCGGUAUUUCGCGCUUGUGUUCAGCCCCAUCCUACCCAUCCCGGUGCUAGUGUAUGUGAGUCGGCGACGCGCCUACGAGAUCCAAUUCCAGCGGAUCUACACGCUUGUAUUGUUAUGCUGGAGCUUCUCGAUCAUCGCAGGAGGAAUGUUCUCCAUGCUCACGGAAUGGUACAACUACGUCUCCAAGGACGUGGAUAUCAUCCUGGACGAGCUCGAGAUCUCCAACACGGACGACGCGCGCAUUUUCUACGUGAACAGCACGUCCCGCAGCGACUGGCUGUUCAAGGCAAUAUCGGGCACGCGAGCGGAGGUGCUGCAGGCCUACACGAAGGAGAUUCUGCUCCCUGCAGCCACGAUGAACAUCAAUCUGCUCCGACUCAUCAUGAUUUUCGUCUUCGUGCCGCUCCUGCGUAUCGACACGCUGCACUUCGCGCUGGUUGGGCUUAUUACCAGUGUGAGCUACAUGGUGCUCACGUUCAUCUUCUACCCGGUCACGGAUUCGUCGCCGUUUAUCCUCAACCGCGUGCUGGUUAUCUGCUUCCCCAUGGUGUUUACUAUUGCGAUGCUGCUCCGAAACCGAGACGUCGAUCGCGUGGUGCGCCAGGACUUUCUUCACGUUUGGGCCGUGGAACUGGAGGCGGAGAAGGCGACGCGCGAGAAGAAUUUGAUCGCAGAAGAGAACCGCACGCUCAAACAGGAGCUCGCGCAGCGUGAUAGCGACUUCAACUUGGACUUGACCUCUCCGCUGCACGCUCUGCUGGCCGAGCUCAAAUCCUUCCUCGAUGCGGUGGACCUGAGUGAUGAGGAUACUCAACGCGGCAUGGCUAUUGUCCGCAACCUCGCGCGGCUGGACCAGAACCUGUUCGUUCCCGAUAUUAGCGCGCAGAUGAAGUCCGAGAAGGAGGUCGAUAACGAUACCAAGAAUUGGGCGCUCUCGGUGCUGGCUCGCAAGGAGUACGGCGAUACAACUCGCUCCGGUGUGGCGAUGUCGCACAGUUCACAUUCCGACUCAAACAGCGACAACCGGAGGAGUUACAAGGACGGCUUAGGAAUCGGAGCUGGAGGGAUUGCUGGUUCUGUGGUUAUUGCUCCGUUGCCAGACAUGCCCACUUGGGAAGAUCAGACGCUCUCUCGCGUAAAGCAGCGCAUUCAGCAAGAUGGCUGGGACUUGGAUACCUUGCAAAUUGCAGAGCAUACUGGCAACCGGCCACUCAUGUACGUGACUGCAGCCAUGUUCGAGCUGCAUGAGCUUCAUGAAGAGUUCCGUGUUGACCGCGUAGUGCUGCGGAAUUUCCUGUACGUGCUGGACGAUGGGUACUUGGCCAACCCGUACCAUAACAGCAGCCACGCUGCCGACGUCGUGAACUCGGUGAACUUCCUCAUCACAACACUCGCCGACGGUCAGAUUCGAGACACGCUCACAAAUCUCGAGUUCUACGCGGCGCUUGUGGCUGCCGCUAUUCACGAUUUCCGCCAUCCGGGCAAGUCCAACAAUUAUCUCAUCAAGGCCAAGCACGACUUGGCUCUCCAAUACAACGACCGCAGCAUCCUGGAGAGCAUGCAUCUGGCUGAAACCUUUUUCAUCAUGCGCAACCCGCUGUGCGAUAUCUUCGGGCGCAUGAAGGACAAGCCAUAUCGAGAGAUCAGGAAGGCUAUUAUCGAGAUGGUCCUCAGUACGGAUUUAUCCAUGCACCUGCAGCUGGUAGGGAACCUCAAGGCUUUGCUGCUCCAGGAGGCGACUGCCAUCCCUGCGACUGGGAGCAGCAAUAAUGGCGCGGGGUUGGGAGCUGGAGGAGCUGUACCAGCGCCGAAGCCCGUAACAGACCCGAUGAUGAUCAUGAAGGUCGUCAUCAAGUGCGCUGAUAUCGGUCACGCUGCCAAAAAGAGGAAGCUGCACGUGAUCUGGUCAGCGCUCAUCAUCGAGGAGUUCUUCCUGCAGGGCGACAACGAGCGCGCCAACAAUUCUGACAUUUCACCUUUCAUGGACCGACACUCGGAGAAUAGCGCAAAGAACCAAGUUGGUUUCUUCGAGUUCAUCGUACUUCCCUUCUACGAUACGGUCGCACAAGUUAUAUUCACGCCGGAGUUCGGCGCCAUCCACAACAUAGCAAAGCAGAACUAUACCUUAUGGAAAGAGGCCGACCGCAGACAGCUCUCGUCCAUCGUGGCCAUCAAGAGCGAGGUCUUCCUGAAUGACAAAGUUCAAGUGCCAUCAUAG